AUGGUUGGUUCUAGACUUGUGUCUGAUAUUGUGCAUAAUGAUAUUAGUGAUAGUCCGUUGACUCGUCCUAUUGAAGUUAAAAAAAAAUUGAAAAAACAAUAUGGUAUAGAUGUUUUUUAUCUGGUUGCAUGGUUAGGAGUUGAUAAGGCAAGAGGUGGGUUGUUUAGUGAUUUUACAACUUCUUUUGACCAACUUCGAUGGUACCUUGAGACGGGUAUGAGAACGAAUCCUGGAAGUGUAUUUGAAUUAGAUGUGGAUGAAAGUAAUGGGUGUUUUCGGAGGUUAUUUGUGGCAUUUCAUGGAUAUUUGUAUGGCUUUCAAUUUUGUCGUCCGUUGUUGUUUGUUAAUGGUACAUUCUUGAAGGGGCGUUACAAGGGGCAUUUGCUUGUAGCAACAUCAAAGGAUGGUAAUCAAGGCCGGAGAUUGACCUUUGUGUCUGACCGUCAAUAUGGAUUGUUAGACGCUCUUUCAAUGAUUUUUCCCAAUGUACAUCAUGCAUAUUGUUUGAACUAUUUGAAGAGAAAUUUGAUUGACAAAUUGGUGGGACUUCGUAUUAACUAUAAGCUGACUUUGAUGAAAAUAUUAGUUAAAUGUGCUUAUGCACCAAUUGUUGCUUCUUUCCAACAUUAA